GAAAAGAAGCUCAAUCAUCUUAACAUGUCUCAGCCAAGGUUACAAGGCAAAGUGGCUAUCAUCACCGGAGCUGCAAGCGGAAUCGGCGAGGCAACAGCGAGGCUCUUCGUCCUCAACGGAGCCUAUGUAAUCAUUGCCGACAUCCAAGACGAACUAGGCCAAAGUGUUGCCAACUCCAUAGGCUUAACAAAAUGCACAUACAAACACUGUGAUGUAACGGACGAGAAACAAGUAGAGGACACAGUGCAAUACACCAUAAAAACUCACGGUCGUCUUGACAUCAUGUUCAGCAACGCUGGUAUGACAGACCCAGUGACGAGCAUAGUGAGCGUGGACAUAGCCAACUACGACCGUGUCAUGGCUGUGAACGCUCGUGGCACGAUCACGGUCAUCAAGCAUGCGGCGCGUGCCAUGACACAGAGCGGCACGAGGGGUUCCAUCAUAUGCACUGCCAGUGUUGCAUCGUGCCAAGCGGGCAACGGCACAGUGUCAUACACUGGGUCAAAGCACGCGGUGCUCGGGUUGGUGCGUGCGGCCGCCGGCGAGCUUGGCCGGUUCGGGAUUCGGGUGAAUUGCGUGUCGCCUUCGGGUGUGGGCACUCCGUUGGCGUGUGGGUUCUCUGGGUCGAGCCAGGAUGAGGUUGAAGCUCAGUGUGCGGGUAUGGCUAACCUGAAGGGUGUUGUGCUGAAGGUUGGUCAUGUUGCAGAGGCAGUCCUCUUUUUGGCAUCGGAUGAGUCUGCUAAGUUCAUGAGUGGGCAUAACCUGGUUAUUGAUGGAGGGAAUACUGUUGUUAAUCCUUUAAUUCAACUGCUAGCUCCAGGAGAAGAUUGUUAAUGGAAAUCAUUAAACGUACAUGCCACGUCCACUACCAUAAUAAGUUCACGUACGUGCUUCUUAAGUUGCAACAUUAUUUGAAGAUCAAUCAGAAUGGACGAAAUAUCUUUCUCAAACUAGUUUUCAAACUUCUAAAUAGUCUGUGUCAUAUAUUUACAUUUCAAUGCAUAAUUAGCCCUCUUGUUUUCGUCUGUAUCAUGGAUUCCUUGACGUACGCUCGACUA